UUGUUUAUAACUAGUAAACGUAAACAAACAAACAUCUUAACUUUUCUAGUGAAAAAAGCCCUUUGUAAUUUAAUAAUCCUACUUUACAGCUGUUGUAAAAUGACCACAUUAUUUAACGAAGAACGUCAUUUGGAGGAAAUGUCGACGAUUGAUGGUGGCGGUGUAAACUUGACAUUUAUUGAUUUGCUAAGCUGGGAAGAUAUUAUUAUACCUAAAAUACUUUCAACCUUGACCCUGAAAGAUCUUUUCACAUUGCGUUGUUGUUCACAUUCCGCUAAACGUUUGGCUGAGGGGGCAUUGGAGAAGCUUCUUGAAAUUGAUUUUGCCGGUAACAAUAGUUCCAACGUGCAUCUAACAUUUAAAGUUCUAGGUGAACAUUGCAAGCGCUUGGAAAAUCUGCAAUUGGCUCGCUGCCAUUGGAUGACUGAUGAACUUCUACUUCCCAUCUUGGCCAAAAACAAACAUCUUAAAAUUGUAAACCUCAAUGAAUGCAUAAACAUCACACCUUUGGCUCUCCAGCCCAUUAUUAUAGAAUGUAAGGAUUUGCGUGUCUUGAAGCUGUCCAAGUGCCAAUGGCUCACAACUGGAGCGGUGGAUGCACUUACAUUGCAUCAAAGCAAUCUUGAGGAGUUUGAUAUAUCCCAUUGCGCCGCUAUUGGCGAGCGUUGCUUAAUAAUAUUCUUCAGAAAACUAAAUAAGUUGAACAUUUUGUCCUUGGCUAACACUUUGAGUGUAACCGAUCAAGUAUUGAUACAAAUUGCUAAGUACUGCCGCGCUUUGGAACACAUCAAUCUUGUGGGAUGUUCAGCUAUAACGGAUUAUGGCAUACAAACCCUAACAAGAAGUUGUCUCCAGCUUAAAUCUUUAAUGGUGCAACGUUGUGAUUUAGUAACGGAAAGAUCUUUGGGACCCCUGAGAGGUAAACUGCACAUCGAUCGUCCGCCGGCAGCAGAAAUGCAGCUACAACUCUACGAUUUAAGGCAUCUUGUAAAUCAUAUAUUUUUACAAGUUUAAAUUAUGCCAGAAGGCAAUAGUGAUGAUAUACUUGGUGCUAUUGGUAAAAUAAGGCUAUGAGGGAUAGUAGAA